GCGAAACCUUCACGCUGAUUGGUGGCGACGCGGGAGGCCGCAGCGGAUGGACCGGACGCAGUGGGCGGGCGGGAACGUGAAGUUUCCGCGGUGCCUGAUGGGGCUGUUCCGAGGCCCGAAGCUGUUGCCACAGGGAGACCACUCGUUACUGUUGCCGCCUUCUCUGCCGCCUCAUGGCGGCCAUCGGAGUUCACCUUGGCUGCACAUCAGCCUGCGUGGCCGUCUAUAAGGAUGGCCGGGCUGAUGUGGUUGCAAAUGAUGCAGGUGACAGAGUUACUCCAGCUGUUGUUGCUUACACAGAAAAUGAAGAGGUUGUUGGAUUGGCAGCAAAACAGAGUAGAAUAAGAAAUAUUUCAAAUACAGUAAUGAAAGUAAAGCAGAUCCUUGGCAGAAGCUCUGAUGAUCCACAGGCUCAGAAAUACAUCAAGGAAAGUAAAUGUUUAGUCAUUGAAAAAAAUGGAAAGUUACGAUACGAAGUAGAUACUGGAGAAGGAACAAAGUUUGUUAACCCAGAAGAUGUUGCCAGACUGAUAUUUAGUAAGAUGAAAGAAACAGCACAUUCUGUACUGGGCUCAGAUGCAAAUGAUGUAGUUAUUACUGUUCCAUUUGAUUUUGGAGAAAAGCAAAAAAAUGCUCUUGGGGAAGCAGCCAGAGCUGCUGGGUUUAAUGUUUUGCGGUUAAUCCAUGAACCAUCUGCAGCUCUUUUGGCUUAUGGAAUUGGACAAGACUGCCCCACUGGAAAAAGCAAUAUUUUGGUUUUUAAACUUGGGGGAACAUCCUUAUCUGUCAGUAUCAUGGAAGUGAACAGUGGAAUAUACCGUGUUCUUUCAACGAACACUGAUGAUAACAUUGGAGGUACACAUUUCACAGAAACCUUAGCACAGUACCUAGCUUCAGAGUUUCAGAGAUCCUUCAAACAUGACGUGAGAGGGAAUGCCCGAGCCAUGAUGAAGUUGAUGAACAGUGCUGACAUUGCAAAGCAUUCUUUGUCAACCUUGGGAAGUGCCAAUUGUUUCCUUGACUCACUGUAUGAAGGUCAAGAUUUUGACUGCAACGUGUCCAGAGCAAGAUUUGAACUUCUCUGUUCUCCACUUUUUAAUAAAUGUAUAGAAGCAAUCAGAGGACUCUUAGAACAAACUGGAUUUACAGCAGAUGAUAUCAACAAGGUUGUCCUUUGUGGAGGGUCUUCUCGAAUGCCAAGGCUACAACAACUGAUUAAAGAUCUCUUCCCAACGGUUGAGCUUCUGAAUUCUAUCCCUCCUGAUGAGGUCAUCCCUAUUGGUGCAGCUAUUGAAGCAGGGAUUCUUAUUGGGAAAGAAAACCUUUUAGUGGAAGACUCACUUAAGAUAGAGUGUUCAGCCAAAGAUAUUUUAGUUAAGGGAGUCGAUGAAUCAGGAGCCAACAGUUUCACAGUAUUAUUCCCAUCAGGGACUCCUUUGCCAGCUCGAAGACAACACACAUUACAGGCCCCUGGAAGAUUAUCUUCAGUAUGCCUUGAACUCUAUGAGUCUGAGGGAAAAAACUCUGCAAAAGAGGAAGACAAGUUCGCACAGGUUGUACUCCAGGAUCUAGAUAAAAAAGAAAAUGGAUUACGCGAUAUAUUAGCUGUUCUUACAAUGAAAAGGGAUGGAUCUUUACAUGUGACAUGCACAGAUCAAGAGACUGGAAAAUGUGAAGCAAUCUCUAUUGAAGUGACAUCUUAGUGCUCUAGAGAAACCCGGAGUUUUUUUUAGAACUAGACUAUCAAUAUUCUUUGGUUUUGUUUACAAGUGAUGUUUAUAUUAAAAUACUUUUUGAAUGAAUUGUAUAUGUUUCUAUUAAAAUACAAUAUAUUAGUAAGUGCUGCAACCUUUUUUUGUUUUCCAUUUAAGAUGGGAAAUACAAGGUCCUUUAUUAGUGGGAAAUAUAAGGAACUUUUUCUAUCAUGAAGCUAUUUAGAAUUAAAUUGAGUGAAUCGAAGGAAAUUUUACUGGAAAUUUAACAAUGUUUUUUAAAUUUUGUUCUAUAACUUUAAAUUUGGAGAAGUCUCAUUAAUUCUUACUAGAUUAAUGAACUAGGAACAAUUUACAAGUGUUUGAUAUUAAAUAAAAUUAGAGAGUCAUGUGCAAA